CUAAUCAGAUAAAUAUUUUGUUUAAUUUAUUCUGCAAAAGAUCUGAUAUUUGUUAAUGUAAUUUGCAUAUUUAUUUGAUACCAAUGAUAAUACAGAAAUCACUAAUUUAUUAAUGAUGGAUACAAAUGACGUUUCUCAGUUGACCGAGUUUCCUCGGUUCGAAACAGAGUCGAAUCAAAGAGGUGUAACAACUUUUUUUAAUAAAUUGUGGAAACUUCCCUUAUUUUCGCCAAACGAAAGUAUAGAUCAAUCUGAUGAAAAGUUAAUGGGGGACGAAAGAAAUAACGAUCGAAAUGAUGAAAGAAAAAAGGCGGAAAUUUCAGAUAAAAAUGAUAAUGGGUACUCAGAAACCAGCGAAUUUAGGAGCAAUACUAGAAAAAUAAGUUACUUAGGCUCUGGGAGUGGCACCCGCUACGCAGACACAGAACUGGCUCGAUACUGGAUGCCGGACGACAUAUCGCGCGAGUGCUACGAUUGUGCCGCGCGGUUCGGCACGCUGCGGCGCCGACAUCACUGCAGAGUGUGUGGACAGAUAUUUUGUUCGCGAUGCUGUAGCCAGCGUGUGCCAGGUCAAAUAUUCGGAUGCGCAGGCGAUCUCCGUGUGUGCACGUACUGUUGUAAUGUGGUGUUGAGAUAUCUACGGGAAAAUGAUAUAACCGGCGAAAUAUCACCUGAUUUACGGACGCUACAAGAGAAUUUGCAGAUAAAAUUUCCCGAGAACAAAUCAACGAGUCCCCACAGCCGAGACUUCGUGUUCGCCCGCGAGCAAGAGACGUGCGAAUUCAAAAGCACCACCAAGGACAUCUACGAUAUAUAUCGGCAGAUGUCAUUUGCGUUACCAACUCAGCAGCAUAGAUACCGGCUAGUGAGAUAUAACAACGUGUGGCGUGGAUGCGACAUGCUACAGUGGGUGAUGGACAAUACAGCAUACAAAACAAGGGCGCAAGCGAGCCAAGUGUGCCACAGCCUCAUCCAGCUGGGCUACGCGGAGCGAGCCACGGAGCCGGCGCAGUUCGCCGACUACGCGCUGUACCGCCCGCUGACUGUAGCGCGCACCGAAACCAACGAGACACCUGAAGAGGAACAACCUGUAGAGGAACCAACUAAAUUAGUAGAAAGCGUAUCGUCGUAUUGCCUAGAUCUGAAUCUAGGAAAUAGUUCGGCUAGGCUCAUCAAAUCCACUAAAACAGAACCAACUGAAGUGAAACCAACAGAAGAUGAACAACAAAAUGUGGAUAAUAAUGAAGUCGAGGACUCGCCGCGGAUCCAUUACAUGGGCAACGACAUCGACGUGAGGAACUACGUCCAAAUAAAGAAAGUGCCUGGUGGAGAUAUGAAGGACAGUGUGGUCAUACCCGGUGUGGUGAUGACCAAGAAUGUAGUGCACAGGGGUAUGCCGCGUCAGAUCUCGAAUCCAACGGUGCUGCUUCUGGAUUGUUCUAUCGCGUAUCAGCGCGUGGAGGGAAAACUCACCUCCUUGGAACCUGUCCUGAUGCAGGAGCAGGAGUACCUGGCGCGAUGUGCCGCCCGCAUAUCGGCGCUGCGGCCUCGCGUCGUGCUCGUGCGCGGCGCCGUCGCCAGGGCGGUGCAGGACAGGCUCAGGGAACUUGGUGUAGCAUUAGCACUCGGAGUAGGAGAUAAAGCGUUGCGUAGAGCGGCGAGAUGUGCUAAGGCCGAUCUAGUGGCGUCUAUAGAUGCUAGAAUUGGAAUGCCUAGACUUGGAACUUGUAAGAACUUUUAUGUCAAAAACUAUUCAAGUAAAACUCUUAUGGUGUUAGAAGGAUGCGCGGAACCAAACUUAGGCUGUAGUAUUUUAUUGCGCGGCGCUAAUAACCAAGAGUUGAUGCGCGUGAAGAAAGUAGUCAAGUUCAUGCUACUCGCUUGCUAUAAUUGGAAGCUGGAAAAAGCGUUUCUAGGUGAUAUAGAAGCUGUGCUACCAGAGCCCGGAAUGAGCUUCGUCGACGAUGAAGAUGAUCAAAAUGAUGAUAAAGAUAAAGCGAGUAAAGAAGAAUUAGUAGAAACCGGCGAAGCUGUACUUGAAAGAAUAAACACGAAUGGUUCUGACGACAGCGAUGAUAUAUUCGAUAAUGCGAGAAGCAACGCUCUGAUUGAUAAUUCUGAAGCAGAAGAUGCAGCUAAAGAUAAUGAUUCUGUGAAUACUGUAGAUGUAAAGGAAAACGAUGAUCCAUUGAAAGCGAAGCAGUUCGUUCGUAAAACUGAAAAUGAUAAGAAUCUCAGUUGUGGUGUGCCGAUACGAGAUUUCAGUGAUCCGUUGAGGUCUACGCUGUCUAUGGAAGAUGAGGUCUUUCUACCUGAGGAGGCCGAGUUGAAGGCGGAUGAGAAGAGCGAAAGGUGGUGCACAGACGACGUGGUGCUGUCGAUGUCGCCGAACAUAGUGGUGGCGGCGCCGAGCCGGCCGCUGCGCGCGGCGCCGCGCCCGCACACGCCGCGCCCGCAGCGCGCGCGCGCCGCCGCCCCCGCGCCCGCGCCCGCGACGGAGCCCCACCCGUUCAUAAAGCAAGCGAUCACAGCGCCGGCGGACGACCUGGCGAUGCGAAGGUCGCUUGCGCACUUCCGCGCUACCGGAUGUCGAUAUGUUGCUGAUAAACAUAAGAUGGAAUGUCCGAAAUAUAAUCCAUCAGUGAUCAAGCAAGUGCAGAGUGAGAAAGAGACGAACAAACAGACAGAGAGCGUGGAGCCCCCGGAUCCGUUGGACCCGGAAAAUCAUCAGAAACUCAGCCUUCUUCUGUACAGCUAUAGCAAUAAGUCGCCAAAUGUACCUGAUUUUUGUGUCAAUCCUUGGAUAGUAACGAUGGAAAUGUACGGACGUCACGAUAUCUCUUUGGGCGCGUUCCUCGAGAAGUACUGCUUCAGUCCGGACCACAAGUGUCCUUCUAGCACUUGCCACGUGCCAAUGAACCAGCAUGUUAGAAAGUUCGUCCAUGAUGACGUUUGUAUAACAAUAACUUGCAACACGAUUGGUCAUAGCAACGUGGAUAAGCCGAAGGACGAUUUGAACAAACAGGUGGUGUUCUGGUCGCGCUGCGAGGUGUGCGCCGCCGUGUCCCGCGGCGCGGCGCUGUCCCGCUCGGCGCGCGCGCUCUCGCUCGCACAGUACCUGCGCAUGCGCGUCGCCGCGCCGCGCCUCGCGCGCGCGCUCUGCCACCACCCGCUCAGCGCGCACUCGCACGCGUUCGUCACGCGGCUCACCACGGCGUGCUUCAGAUACAACAAGAUAUCAAUGUACGAGAUCCAACUGCCUCCGGACGUUAUAUCCAUAGAUUAUGAUGUAAAGCAGAUGCGAGAAUCGCUCAUCGCACAUCUCAAUGAUUUAAUGCUGAAGGGUGAGUUAAUUUGUGGUGGCAUGAUAAUAUCGAGCGGGGUUGUCCCAGUGGUGGUGAAGGCGGGUGAGAUAGGAUCAGUGAUCGCGGCCACACUCGCCUCCGUCACCUACCAGCAUACGUUGCAGCAGCACCGUCAACGGCAUAGUACGCAAAGUGAGCAAGAGGAGCACGAGAACUUAGCGUCCAGCAGGGAUAGAACGGACGGCGAUAAGGCGAAGGCCAAGUCGAACAACGACCACAUCGAGGUGUUGUUGAAAGACGGGCUGGUGUGUCGCGUGUACUACGCGGCGCAGUUCCACAAGCUGCGGCACAUGCUGGUGGCGCCGCUCGGCGCGGCGGACGAGAGGUGCUGCGACCCGCACCACGAGAGGGACAACAAAGGUGUUUGUGAAAUAGAAGAAGGCUUCAUCCGUUCUCUAGCGCAAUGUGUGCCCUGGGCAACUAGGGGAGGAAAAUCCGGAUCCACGUUCUGUAAGACUAAAGAUGACAGAUAUGUACUCAAAGAAAUGACGAAGCCCGAAUGGCAGCAGUUCCUUGAGUUCGCUCCGCAUUACUUCAACUACAUCACUAACUGCAGGAACAAUAAGCAACCCAGUUUGCUGGCGCGCAUCCUGGGCGUGUUCAGCGUGGGCGGCGCGGGCAGCGGCGUGCUGGUGACGGAGCACGUGUGGUACGGGCGCGGCGCGUGCGCGCGGUUCGACCUGAAGGGCGCGGCGCGGCACCGCCUCGCGCUCGGCGCCGCCGCCGCGCCGCCCGGCCAGGCCGUGCUCGUGGACGACAACCUGCUCGCCAUACGCUGGGACCGCCAGCUAUACGUGUCGGCGAGCACGGCUAACACGCUGUGGAGUAGCCUGGAGCGGGAUACUGCGUUCCUCUCGCAGCACCACGUGAUGGACUACUCGCUGCUACUGGGUAUUCAGGAUAACACACUCGUGCUGGGCAUCAUUGAUUACAUCCGCACAUUCACUUGGGACAAAAAGUUGGAGCAUCUGGUGAAGAAAAACCUAGGUUCAGGCCAGCCUACCGUCGUAUCUCCUGAACAAUAUCGCAGGAGGUUCUGUGCGGCCGCUCGCAAAUACUUCCUGCAUUGUCCCCACCAUUGGGAUCUUAUUUUUGGAAAUUAGUAGAAACUAUUGUUGAAUCAACUUUUAAUCGACAUUUUUUGAAUUUAUACUCGACGUUCUCAAAAAUGAAAGGUUCUCAAUAUCACUGGAUUUUUCUGGUUUGGUAACUCCAUAGGUUCUCAUCCGAUUGACAGAUUGAUUUGUGUUUGAUAGAAAAUUGUUGUCAAUUGGUCUCAUGGUACCAUCUCACAGGGACGUCGAUGACCUUUUCUGUUUGAUAAUUUUUUGUGUGUAAAGAAGUUAGAGAAUCAUUUUAAAUAAAUGAUAAUAUUGUAGGUGUAAAAUGUAUUGAUGAUUUUGCAAGGGUCACAGUGUUUAGAUAAUAAAUUGUGUUGAUUUCUUUAUUUAUUUUAAUAAAAUAUGAGAACACAUAUAUUUUUGUGGAUACGUAAAAAUAUGCUCUAAUUUCAAUUACAUGCAUAUUUUUUAUCUUUUUCUUUCAAAUUGUUGCUUGUUUAAAUUUUAUAUUUUAAAUAAUCGUCAUAUGAAUUAUCAGUUUUCUACAAACUAUCCAAUAUUUUUUUUUUCUUAUACAAAUCAUUAGGAAUUAAUUAGUACAUACAUAGUUUACAUCAUUUGUUUGUGGUAUAGAAUGGUCAGAACUUUCUGAUAUUAUGUUACCAUAUUUUAUAUUUAUUUAUUUCGUUUUGAAUUGAUUCUAAUGAAAUUAAAUAAUCUUCAGCGUUGGAUACGAAACUAUCACUUAGGGUUUGUAUUGAAUUAAUUAACCGUUGAUACAAACAAUUUAUUUUCCAUAUAAUAAUCAAAAAUGUCUUUUAUCUUAAAAAAUUGUGAUAUUUUACUCGCCAGUGAAGAAAAUCAAUUUAGCAAUGAAAAUUGGAAAUUACGAUAUGCAUAAAUAAAUGCAUUUAAUUUAUUUGUAGGAUGGACUCUUAAUAAAUUUUUGGUAUAAGUCGUAUUUAAAGAUUAUACCUAUUUUUAUUUUAUGGAAUUCUAGUAAAGUCUUAUAAAGUUUAGGGAAAUUUCAUUAAUAUUGAAAUGGCUUUAAGAAAGUAUUAGCUGAUUGGAGUCUCAAUGUAUUAGCAUAAUAAUUUUAUCAUUUGUAAGUACAUAAUAUAAUGAAAUAGAGUAUUAUGGGAUUCAACUAAAAAUAGGACCGUAUCAGCGCUAUUUUGUGUCGCCAUAGAUAUUUAAAUGAAAUGAAUUAUUAAUCUCAGUUAAUAAAAACGUUCUUUUUUUAAAUGUCAAUGUGCACAAUAAAAUCAACCAUUAUUAAAAUGAAAAAAAAAACAAAGCAUUGUUAAUUAAUUAAGAAUCAUAUAUUUUCCGUGAUUUGUCAUUUGGCACAAUGGUCCUAUUCAUAGUUGAACCUCAUUUUUAUAUUUAU